AUGGAGAUCAUUUGGCAUGGUACUAAGAGGGAUGGGUUAUAUUAUAUUGAUGAUGUUGCACCAAGAAGGGUUCAUCAGGUUUCUCUCCACGACAAAAAAGAUAUUGGUGUUAUCAUCCAUCUUCUCGGGGAGACGAAUAGUAAUCAAUCGGAAGAACACAUUUGGUUUGAGAUCAAAAUGGGAGAAGGAACUACAACAACCGAUGAUGAAAUCGGUACUGAAAUCAGCUUCCUAGCCUAG